GAUACGAAUCCAUUAAAACACCAUCUUCCUUCUCCUCUGCUGCUAGCAUCGCACGGUGUAGACGCGGGGACAGGGGGGAAAGGCGCGUCUGCUUUCUGCGGGGGAUGCGUAGAGCCGGGCGGGCUGUUUUUCUGUAAUUCUGCAGCGAAAACAGGUCCGAGCGAAGAUUAUUCCGUCAACCCGAGGAGACGGUGACACCGAGCGAUCAGCAUCAGCCAGCAUCAACCGUCAUUUUAUUAACACUCUAAAGACAACGGUCUUCAACUGGCCGCAUUCGCUCCUUUGCUUUUUUGCGUCGUUUUUUAAAGAAAAUUGAUGCAUAAAACUUGACAGCCACAGACAUCACUGUAAAACGGGAAAUACAUAUGGAUGUGUGAAAAGGGCUUAAUAUUUGUUGAACGAAUAUCGAUACUACAGUCCGAAGAAAAACGUAGGACUGUCGCAUGAAGAUCAAUUGCUCCCCACAUUUAUUAUACGGGGGCUAGAAAAUAGGUUUUUAUGCUAGAAGAAGUCAUUACAUAAGGAACGCAUCAACAAAGGUGCUAGAAUAAACGCUGUAACAGCACCCAAGAGGCGAGAGCGACGCAACCUUGCAUAUGAUUAUCCAUGUUACAAAAUACGUACCAACCUUACAUUUCAAUUCUGUGUUGAAAACACACCAUUAUAAUUAAUUGUGCCUGCAAGUGUUUUCAGCUAUUUAUAUCUAUAAGGCCAUAUCCUCAGAGGAUAUUGAGAGGACAUUCUGGAAUCCGGCGAAACACUUGCUAUUCAUUCGGGGGCUAAAUUGCCGUUUAAUUGUCGGGGGUGACGCCAAAGAGAGAAGAUGUCGGGACAGACGCUGACGGAUCGCAUCGCCGCUGCUCAGUACAGCCUCACGGGGUCCGAGGUGGCUCGCGCUGUCUGCAAAGCGACCACGCACGAGGUGAUGGGGCCCAAGAAAAAACACCUGGAUUACCUGAUCCAGGCGACCAACGAGACCAACGUCAACAUUCCGCAGAUGGCCGACACGCUGUUCGAGAGGGCCACCAACGCCAGCUGGGUCGUGGUGUUCAAGGCGCUGGUCACCACGCAUCACAUGAUGGUCCACGGAAAUGAGAGGUUCAUCCAAUAUCUGGCCUCCAGGAACACGCUUUUCAACCUCAGCAAUUUCCUGGACAAAACCGGCUCCCAUGGCUACGACAUGUCAACAUUCAUCAGGCGCUACAGCAGAUACCUGAAUGAGAAGGCCUUCGCGUAUCGACAGAUGGCCUUCGAUUUCGCUCGAGUGAAGAAGGGUGCCGACGGGGUGAUGAGAACGAUGGGUACAGAUAAGCUGUUGAAGGGCAUGCCCACUCUGCAGGGCCAGAUCGAUGCUCUGCUGGAGUUUGAUGUUCAUCCUAACGAACUAAUAAAUGGAGUGAUCAACGCAGCGUUCCUCCUGCUUUUCAAGGAUCUGAUUAAAUUGUUUGCCUGCUAUAAUGAUGGGAUUAUUAAUUUACUAGAGAAAUUUUUUGAAAUGAAGAAAGGACAAUGCAAAGAUGCACUGGAAAUCUACAAGAGAUUCCUGACGCGAAUGACCAGGGUUUCCGAGUUCCUGAAAAUUGCAGAGCAAGUAGGAAUUGACAAAAAUGAUAUUCCUGAACUCACUCAGGCCCCAGAAAGUCUCCUGGAGUCUUUGGAGACACACCUGAACACCCUAGAGGGGAAGAAAGGAGAGGGGUCACCAACAAAGGGGUCUCCCACCAAUAACGGCUCGCCGUCCACAACUCCAGCCAAAACCGCUGAGGGCGUCCCCUCCACUGAGCAACUCCCCGCCCCCCCGUCCGCCACCAGUGCUCUGUCCAAUGACCUUUUGGAUCUUGACCUCCUGUCCUCUGCUCCCCAGCCAGCGGGAGCGGCAGCUGCGGCCGCCCCGGCAACGUCCUCUUGGGGAGAUCUCCUAGGAGAGGACUCCCUGACCGCUCCCGCGGCGCCCGCGAGCACUUCUGAGGCUCUUCUGUCCGAACCCGCCCUCGCUGUAGACUCCGCCCCCGCUCCCGCCACCACAGCCGCUGCUGCCACGGCAACUGCUGCCCCGGCGGCCGCUGAGGCCACGCCCGCUCCUGCGGCUGCCGCCCCCGCCCCCGCCCCAGCUGCGUCCUUGCCCGUCCCCCCAGCUGCCUCUGGCUCCACAGACAUGGAUCUCUUCGGAGACGCGUUUGCGGCCUCCCCAGGCGACGGUCCGGCUGCCGCUGAGGGUGGGGCACCAGCAGCCACGCCCACUCCUGCUGCAGAUGCAUGCGCUGGAUCUGACCCCUUCGCUCCAUCCGAGGGUAGCGCAGACGUUGCCCCAGGGCUGGACCUCUUUGCAAUGAAGCCAGCCGAGACCAGCGCUACCGUAGUAACCCCCACCUCUAGUGCCGCGCCGACCAUCGCCCCCGUGGCGGCCCCCGUCGCCCCCACUCCUCUCUCCACCUCUGCCACCACCGCGGCUCCAUCACUAGAUAUCUUCGGUGAUUUAUUUGAUUCUAUGCCUGAGCAAAGCUCCUCCGCAGCUUCCAAAGCAGACGCUACUCCUAGCGUAGACCUAUUUGGGGCAGAUCUCCCCGCAACCUCGCGAGGCUCCUCUCCUUUACCUGAAGCCAAUCUGACCGCCGAUCUCCUGUCCGAUGCGUUCUCUGCACCAGUGGCCCCUCCUGCUGCAUCGUCUCCAGUCAAAGAUGCCGGCGGCGUGCUGGAUCUGUUCGGGGACUCAUUUGGUGGUUCUGGUUCCGAGUCCCAACCCACCGCCCCUGGAGCUCCUGGUGCCGACCUGCUGGCUGGGUUGUUGACCCCCAGCCCAGCGCUUGCCCCCACUGCAGCCCCAGCCCCAGCCCAGAACAACCUACUGCAGUCUGGGUUUGACUCAGCCCUCGGAUCGGUGCCAGCCCCGGCUCCCGCUGCCGCCCCAGCGGCGCCCUCUGGUGGCUUUGACGCUUCAGUGUUUGAUGGAUUAGGGGACCUGCUCAUGCCCGCCAUGGCUCCUCAGGGCCCCACAGCGCCCCCUAUGGGUGCGGCCCCAGCAGCAGGAGCACCGCCUGCAAAACCCAUCGGGGGAGACCUGGAUUCAUCUCUAGCAAACCUGGUUGGAAAUCUGGGCAUGGGCAACCAGAAGAAGGACAUGCAGUGGAAUGAGAAGAAGCUGACGGGUGGAGCCAACUGGCAACCCCAGGUAGCGCCUACCAGCUGGGGCGCCCCCGGCUCGCAGAUGCCUGGCCCCUCCCCUGGUGCCCCAGGGGCCACACCCCCAACUGGAGCCAUGCCCCCACCCAUGGGUGCGCAGCCUGGAUUUGGCAUGCCCCCCGCAGGUGCAGCCGGAGCUCCCAUGAUGCCUCAGAUGUACCCCCAGCCCAUGAUGAGGCCACAGUUCCCCGCUGCAGGGGCGCCAGGAGCACCGCUGUCUCCAGGACCUGCCGCUGCUGUCCAGAGCCCUAAAAAGCCCCCUUCUAAGGACCCCCUGGCAGAUCUCAACAUCAAGGAUUUCUUAUAAACCCUCAUACCCCAGCUGCUCUCUCCCAUGACUGGAGCUCCCCCCCAGAAAGUGCACGGUGUUCCCAAACCUCCUGGGACACCAGAAGAUCCCGUCCAGUCAUCAGACCCUGGCUUCUACCCAACCUCUUCAACCACCCCCCCCCCCCCCCCCUC